AACAAAAAAAAAAACUAUUUUUAUCGAUUUUAGCGUAAAAAGUUGAUUCCUGGAGAAAACGUUAAUAGUAGUUAACCCCGUUUAGAAUUCCUUCUUCACAAUCACACACAGCAAUGGCCUCGCUCACCGUUACCGUUACCGUUACUGUUACCGUUCUUCUGUUCACGUUGGCUAUCUCCGUCGCUACUUCCAAGCCGGGGAAUGACAUCAUCGACGAACCCUUAACCACUGUAUCAGCCGAACCCGACCCAGAUUCCACAAAACCAACCCUUCCCGGACCCGACGAGGUCACAGUGCCGUUGAAUUUCGUCAAUUUCCAUCCGAUCAACCGUCAUUUCCCUAGACGUCCGUUAACGACGACGGCUCCUUUCAAACGCCGUCCGUGCCACGAGCUGUGGGGACGACGUGGUCUUCAGAUCUCUUACGGCACCGACAUGAUCUUCUCCGGCGAAGAUGAAAAGGCGGCAGGUACAGACGCCGUCGUUGCAGAUUUCCCGGCGAUCAAGAUCUUGGUCGUAUCGUUCGCGUCGGAGGAGGAUGAUGACUCAAAGACGAUUACGGUGAAAUUGGUUAAGCGUAAAGAAGAAGAUGAGAGAGGCUACUACAAUGGUAUGUUCAAGAGAAAGAUUCGCAAGUUUCUUAACCAUUUGGUCUAAUUGAAGAAGAAGACUCGAGUUUGUGUUAGAAUCUAAGAUACAAUUAUAUAAAUAGUUUGGUUCAUCCUAUGAUAUGAAAAUGAUGAUGAUGAUGAUGUGUUUUGUUUAUAUAUCAAAUUCAGUAGCAGAUGUUUCUUGUAAAGCUUUAGUUAUAUAAAAUUGAUUAUAUUAAGAAUUGAUUGCAGAGGUA